AUGACACGCCGACGACGUCUCCGUCUUUCCCAUAGCCACUUAUGCCCGUCCCGACGCCGGAAAACUGAUAACAACCACAAAAGAUCUGAUAGCAAUGCCUUCCACCGUCGUCCCAUCGGAGAGUCGCCGUCGUCGUCCCGUCGGAGAGCCACCGCCGUCGUCCCAUCGAAGAGCCGUUGCGCACAGCCCUUAGCCACCACCAGUCGCCUUCGACCGGCACUUCACACUAGCGCAACACUCAGCCACGCCAACAGCCACCGCUCCAUCUCGCCGCCAACAGCCGCCGCUCGCCUUGCCGUCGCGAAAGUUACGCUGCCCGUCACUGUUUGA